AUGAAGAGCUCCACAGUGAAUCUCCUCUUGCGUGGGUUUAUAACGGCAGUGUUGCUGAAAGGCAAGAAGAGGAUGUUCUUAUCAUCAAGACGAGUUUUGUUAGUGGUAGGAAUCCUACUACAAUCUACAUCAGAAUGUGAAGGAAGGAUAAGAAAAAUGCGUUGCGAAGGUGUGUUCAUAUAUGAAGAAGAUGAGAUUGCUUUCCAUGAAUCACGUCAUUUUAUUAUUUAUAAGGAUAGAAGUAGUGGGAUGUACGAGGCAAAUGAGCAUUUUAAUGGCCUAUCCGCUUUUCUGAAAUGGAAGAAAAAAAAUUAUGAACAAGGCAAGGUAGAAAUUAUGGGACAGUUCCUGCAGAAAGUGUACUAUUCAGGUUCUAACUGGAACAACAUGAUUAGAAGUUACUCGAUGAAUCACUCCCCAUCGGGGUCUGCCCAUCAAGGGGAACCUCAAGAAUCUCAUUCAUCUGAGCAGUUUGACAAAGUCUAUAUUCCUAGUGGGAUAUUACUAAAGACAUGGAAAAGAGAAGGAAUUUACAGAGGAAAUGGCAGAGAUGUGAAAGAAACAUACAUCUCCAAUUUGAUGAAAAAUUUGAACCCACUUUAUGUUAAUAGUAAAGCAAUUGAGGAUUUGUACAAAGGAUGUGAUCAAUCUUUCCUUGGAAUCAUAAAUGGCACGGAUGUAGAAACCAAUGGAAUUCAUGUAGUAGAUAAACAUUGCUUAUCACAUAAGUACGUUUUACUUAAUUGGGAUGACAAAACCAGGAUAGAAAAACUGAGGCAGAAGAAAUAUGAAGAAAAAAUAACAACGAAGGGUGAGAAGGAGAAUAAAGACACGGAUGCAUAUGAUGAAGAUGAAGAAGACGAAGAAGAUGAAGGAGGCGAAGAAGAUGAAGGAGGCGAAGAAGACGAAGAAGACAUAUGGGGGUUCAUGUACAUUUCGAAGAGUGAUUUGAUAAAGGCCAAGUUCGAGGAACACUUAAAGGAGUUAUAUAUGCAAAGAGUGAAAAUGAGAAAUAAAUGUUCUCAUAUUUUUCUUCAGUUUGUUAUGUACCAUGGGUUGAUUUCCAACUUGCGUGUUAGAAGUUUAGCUGAGGUGCACAUGCAGGAUAAGUCUGGGGAAAAGAGAAGAAGACCCCACAAAGGUGUUCAUAUAAAAGAGGUGUUCACCAUCUCGUUCGACAUGCAUGUAAAGAACCACAAGUGUAUGGAUCAUCUAUCCUUCCUUUUUGAAAAAUUCCAGUGUAAAGAUUUGAGAAAAGAAACUGAAAUCAUGAGCAGCUUCUUAAAUAAUCAGAUAUAUGUAUAUUCCAAAGAGAGAGAGGAAGAAAUGCGUUAUGAAAAUGUCACAUACAGAAAUGGGUUAAGAAGUGGGGUGGUUCUGUUGUCUUACAUGUAUGCACAUCUAAGCGGGAUAAGCAAACGAUUGUGUAAUGAUAGCUCUUGCUUUAAAAUAAAAAGAAACUACUCUAUCGUGGAAGGGAUCAGCAAUGUUACCCACAUGCCAUUGCUUUUUCAUGAUCACCUUUAUGGCACACAUGAUUAUGUCAUGUAUAGGGAAGAGACAAAUGAGGUGAGAUGGAAUAGAAACAUUUUUAACCUGAUUGUUCAUAAAGAAUUUGAGGGAGAAGGUAUGAAAAAGUGUUCACGAGGUAUGAUUAGGGUCCUCUGCGAAGGCAACAGGGCAGCGUGUAAUGCUGCAUUUUUACAAAGAUGUAAAGUGAUUAUACUGGAUUUGUACCCGAACGGAAUUCUACUAGAUAAGGAGAAGAUAACAAGUCCCAACUUUACAGCAUCUUUUUCAGAUGUGGAGAAUUACAAGUACAUGUCUCCUCCUAUCGUUACACAGUAUCGUUCUAGACUUUUACCUGAACAAUGGGGGUCGGGCCAUUAUCGGCCUUGCGGGGCGCUCAAGCAGUUGCACCAUCGGCUUGGCUAUUUACGGGUUCUAACAUGCAUCUAUGGUGGGCGUUCUCAGAGAAGAGGCACCAUCGGGGAUGAAGUCACGCGGGUUCAUUUGGCUAGUAGGAGCUCAAACCAGAGUGGUGAUUCAAGUAGGAGUGGUGAUUCAAGUAGGAGUGGUGAUUCAAGUCGGAGUGGUGAUUCAAGUAGGAGUGGUGAUUCAAGUAGGAGUGGUGAUUCAAGUAGGAGUGGUGAUUCAAGUAGGAGUGGUGAUUCAAGUAGGAGUGGUGAUUCAAGUAGGAGUGGUGAUUCAAGUAGGAGUGGUGAUUCAAGUAGGAGUGGUGAUUCAAGUCGGAGUGGUGAUUCAAGUAGGAGAGAUGACUCAAGCCAAAGUGGUGGAAGAAUCCCCCAUCGCUUUGUGAUAAAAAGACGAAGGAAGAACGAUUCAGAACACGCAGCUUGUGCUUCGCUCUGGUACGAGGUUCCGAUUGGCAGUAGGUAUGUUGCACCAUGUGAGAAAACAACUCGAGGAAAAAAAAACAAAUGGAAGAUGAGUUUCAACAUGUGGAGUAGUAGUAUACAUAUGUCCGAUGAUUUUGUGAACCUCCAUGGGAAGGAGGAGGAAGACUGUACAUAUUAUGAUGCAGUAGUGAUAUCUAACGCGAAAGUAUUUUUGAAUUGUUUAUGUGAUAGGGGAUUGGGUGGUUCUACAGGUAUCGAUAGGAUGAGAGAGGGUGGUGGAACUGUGUAUGCAGAUGCAAAACAUGUUUAUAUGAAUGGAGGGAAAAGCAUGCUAAGCAUUCACACUAGAGAUUUUUAUGUGUACUUGAGGGAGACGUCCUUCGUUCAGUUGUUGCAUGCACCUCCUGUGCUGAGAAAUGGGACAAAUGGCAUUAAUGAUCGAAGUGGGACAAAUGGCAUUAAUGAUCGAAGUGGGACAAAUGGCAUUAAUGGUCGAAGUGGGACAAAUGGCAUUAAUGGUCGAAGUGGGACAAAUGGCCUUAAUGAACGAAGAGAUCACUGCAAGCAAGAGGAACUCAUGAACUAUACACUGGCCAGAACGAUUAACACACAAAGGGUGAAGAACAAUACAUUCAACUUCGACAAGAUUCAAGAGAACAAAAAAUUAAAGAAACAUGUUACAGCGAUGAAUAACAUACAGAAGAUGAACAUUCCUAUAUAUUAUUCUCUACAUCGUGAAGAGAACUAUUACGUGGAUGUUAUUUAUGUUUAUUCAAUGCCACGAGGUCGAGAGAGAUACUUAUAUGUUCUGUGGGUAUCUUCACUUGUAUCGGUUUUGGUCAUCCUGUGCACGUUUUAUUUUGCAUACAAGUUUGCACCUUAG